AUGGUGAACUUCCGCCGCCGAUGGAGUUUGCAGGCAUCUCAAGCCUCUGAAGAUGCUCGAUCCCGGAGUCCUUCCGUUCGCAUUGUUGAAGCAGCAGAGCGUGCUGAUUCUCUCUUUCAGGAGCAUUCACCUCUGCUUUCGGAAGAUGCCAGAUCCUGGAGUCCUUCCUUUUUCAAUGCUGCAUCGCGCGCCGGUUCUCCCCUUAGAGGUCUGGCUGACAGCGACCACGGCCUAGAUCCGGCCCCCGAACGCAGCUCGGGCUCCGAUGGAUGGGAACGUGUGGGAUCUGCACUGCCUCAGGACCCUGGUCCGGUCCUGAGUUCCGAAGUUCAGCGAGCCGUGGUGUAUCAACGUGAUGUGUCCCUGCCGAAGCUUCCCUACGAACAUGGCAUUUGGGGCCUCGUCUUUGGGUCUCCUGCAUCCCUGCCCACCACCCGUUUCCCUGCACCAGUUGGUCCACGGCCUCAACCGAUCCCCACCCCUCCCGACCCGUCCACGAAUUCCCUAGAGCUCUCUUCUGCCGCAGCUCCCCCAGACAUCAGCCUGGCCCGGAUCAAAGCUGCCACUUUUCGUGUCACUGAUGCGGCCCUUCGUGACCGUUGCUUGGUGCAGCUCAAGACUCUUUUGCUUCUUGACCCGUCGGCCACCAAGACCGGUAUUCAGAUGACUACGUGCUUCGGCAAAAUUUUGGAACCUGACCGAGCCCUCUUGGUUCUUCAGGACACGUUGCGGCCCAAGGCCACCGGCACCAUCAGCAAACGCACAGGCUCUCUCUGGCGCUUGGCUCACUACCUGGCCUCCGUGGACGGCCGCAGCCCCUUCAUGGUUUCGGAGCCCCUUCUCUAUGAGUAUCUCUGCUCACUUCGUGAAGCUGACAGUGGUGCUACUUCCGGCGCCUCCGCUUUGGAGGCCUUGCGCUUCGCUGACGGUUUGUUUCGCUUCCAGCGGAUCUCUCUGCGUGAGGUGGACAGCGCCCGCAUUCGUGGUGUGGCGCAUGCCAUGUAUGUUCGCAAACAAAAGCGCAAGCAAGCCCCUGCCUUGACUGUUCGUGCCAUCCGCUUCCUGAUGGCAUGGUGCUGCGACCCGUCCCGGCCUCUGCAUACGCGCAUUAUCUCUGGCCACCUUCUUGCGUGCAUCUUUGCAGUCGCGCGUUGGUCUGACUUGCGCUUCCUUGCCUUCUUCCGGGUGCUCUCUGACGACGAGUUCAGCAUCUUCGAGUCCGCGACUUCCCAGCACAAGACCGCACACUCCAAGGAGGCCCAGGUCGAGCUCCUUCCAUUCAUUGGCUUAGGUCAGUGGCCGGGCUGUGAGUCAUGGGCUGCGUGUCUUGCGACUCUUCGAGCCGAGUCCGACCUCUCGCAGGGCCUGCCAUCCUGGAACGAACGCGAGCAGAAGUGGGCUCUCGGUGAUCCCAUGACUACUUCCGAGGCCACUGGAUGGUUGCGGGAGAUCCUCUCUCAUGAGCUUGACCCCACCGAUGUGCGGGCACUUCGUGCCCACUCCUGCAAAACCACCUUGUUGGCCUGGGCUGGCGUGAGCCCUCUCUUCACUCGUGAAGAACGCACAUUGCUUGGACAUCACAUUGAGGCUUCUACUCGGUCGGCAACUACAUACGACCGCCAGGCCAUCAUUCGUCUUCAGGCCAAGGUUUGGCACUUGCUGAUUUCCAUCGACUCCGGCGAGUUGAGUCCUGAUGCUGACGCUCUUGGCCGACUGCGUUCCAUGGUGCAGGUGCAUGCGCCCCGUCCAGCUUCUGCUCAGACCUCCGAGGAGCCUGCAUCUAGCUCUUCUUCCGAUGAUGAACCCGCCGGUCUUCCUGCACCGCUACAUCGAGAUCGAGUUCCCCUGCCGGCCGCCGCCUACGAGUACGCCUGGCUUGUGCACUCUGUGAGCGGUAUUGUCCAUGUGCAGUCUCCCCACUCACCUGAGCGUCUGAUGUGCGGCUCGCUGCCUAUAGAGCUCGGAUUGGCCGCAACCUUUGUGCAAGAGCUGCAUACCGGGGGCAUCGACACGUAUGCCUCUCUUGCCUUCUGUCAGCCACACCAGGCUAACAGUGGAAUCGACGAUGUUGCACUUAUGCGUCAUGUGGGCUCGCUCGUCUCUUCAGCUCUCUCGGCUCACCAGACCACUGCCCUGCGCCGCCUUGCGUUUGAGGCGCAGGCUCUGGCUCUUCAAGAUCUGCGCAGCAAGCUUGAACGCACCUCAGAUUCCGAGCCGAAAGUUCUUCCCUUACAGGAGAAACUCGAGCGCAGCUCUCGCCUACAGAAUCGGCUCGUCGGGGUCACCUUCACAGAUCACAAUCAGCCUGCGCAUGCCCUGGUGGACAAGGCAUCUCAGCAGUUCGAUGAGGGCGUCCUUCAAUACCUGCAGCUCAACAAGUGCAUCAGCCGUUACCAAGAGGCCCUUGCUGAACGCUCUUCCGCUUCUCUGCGCUUCGGCUCGGAUGGUGCCAUCAAGGUGUCGCGGGAGUCCGCGGGUGGUGAGUGCGAUAUCUCCACUGCCCACCUCCUUCGUGCCGCUUUUCAGCGGCGGGCCAUGGCUUACGACAUCGCGGGUGUUGCCACCUACGAGGCUCUGGAUGCCUGGGCCCAGAAUCUCUUUGAUCGUCUUUCGACUCCUGUGCCCUCCAGUCGUUACUCUCCUAUUGGCCUCGAGCAAAUUUUGGCAGCUGACAAAGCCCUUUGGGUUCGCUUGUCUCAGCUCAGUCGUGGGCUUCUGGGCCGCAGUGACGCCGCCACCGGUGCCUUGCUGGUUGACAAUUUGAUUCUGGAUUUGAGCAACCACCCCGAGGUCGUCUGGCAUUUCCUCCCGCUGGCGAAUGCUUCUCACACCCCACCUCCCAAGCCUCAUGCUGCACAGGCCGCCCGCAAGCGCAAACGCCAGCGUGCCUCCUCUGCUCCACCUGUGCCUGCUGCGUCACCGGGUCGAACCCCUGCGAAGGGCCCAGGCAAAGGCUCCGGCGCCGGCUCUCGCAUCCAAGUGCCUGAUGGCUGCACCAUUCGUUUUUCCAAGGGCCCCAUUUGCAUGAAGUACAACCUGGGGACCUGCCGCGCUUCUCAUGUGAAGCCUGGCGCUCGUUGCAGCAACGGCUACCACGUGUGCUGGAAAAUCGGUGGAGGCGUGUGGUAUGAGUCCCCCUCCGGCACUUCUCAUCGCCUCUUGGACGGUGUCGUGACGCCUGGUUGUGUGCUUGAUGUGGCCUCCGGGCCCGUCUUCCUUCCUGCUGCCGAGGCGCGUCACCAAACGCUUCUUUGGGAGGGCACUCGCUGCGUUCUGGUUGCCUUCACUUCUCUUGACGCGCACACCCUGUGCCCCGCCGAUCUCGACACUCUAAGUCGCGCCGGCUUCUCUUGUGGCGCACCUGGCAUGCCAAACGCUCUGCCUCCUGUCCCGCAAACCAGCCUGCGACCCAUGGCGGUCGAACUUUGCGCCGGCUCGGCCUCCCUGUCGGCCGCUCUUCGCGCUGCUGGCUUCGCCACCUUGGCGGUCGACCACCACUGGAAUACGCAUCCUCCGCAGCACUCCAUCUGCCAGCUGGAUCUCAGCUGCCCCCAGCAACAGGCUCUCUUGCUCCGAUGGAUGCGCACACAGCCGCUUGCACAUGUGCCAAUGCCGUAUUCUGGUUCGCUUUUGGACGUCCUGGAGCUUGCCGCCAGCAUGGGUGCCACCGUCAGCCUCGAGAACCCUUCUCGAUCCUGGCUAUGGUCAGCGCUACGUGCCAUGGCCGAGGAAUCCCAGCGUGUGCAUCUCCUCGCCCAGCUCGAAGAAUGCAUCUUUGACUCUUGCAUGCACGGCGGCCGCCGCAAGAAGAGCACCAAGAUCUUAGGAUCCCCCGGCCUUUUCAGCAGCCUCCGGGCCUCUUGCGACUCCUCACACACCCAUGCGCCGUGGACCGUUGACCCGACUGCCAGCGGGCCGCGCUUCGCCACUGCCGAGGAAGCGCAGUACCCUCGCUUGCUUUGUUUGCGCAUGGCGCAGGCUCUAGCCGCGCGUCACCAGCUCCCCGAGCCUGUGCCUACUGCUUCCGCCAGUCUAUCUCAGAGCGUCCGCCGCGGCUCUCGCCCGCUCAUCCCCGAGUUCUACGAGUGUGCCCGGGUGCCUGCCGCCUCCCUCUGCAGCCCCACGAAUCCUGGCCAAGUUCUCCCAACGGUGCUGAAAGAUGCCGUGGACACGGUGUUGACAACCGACCCGGUCGACACAGCAAAACGGCGUCUGCAGGCUGUGAUAACCAUCAAGCAGCUAGCCAAAGAGCUUGAGGGGAAAGAAGACGAGUUCAAAUCGUCCCUGGACCCAGACGUGGCAAGCAUCCUCAGUCCCAAGAAACUUUGCAUUCCUCUUGUUGGGACGCAUGGGCGUGAAGCCAUGAUUCAGUCUCGUAAGAUCCCCAGUGACCAGCAUCAGAACGACCUUGUCUCGGCCUCCAUGGAAGAGGUCAGCAGGGGCGAUCUGAAAGGCCCCCUCACGGAGAGCGAUGCCCACCAGCACUUCGGUUCCGAGCAUUGGUUACUCAACCCCAGGUUCCCGAUUUACCAGGGAGUUAGUCUUAAGCUUAGGGUUAUAGACGACGCCAAGGCAUCAGGUUUAAACUCUGCCUUCUCCCCGUCGUACAAAGUCAAGCUGAUGGACAUUGACGUCUUAGCCUGCCUAGUAGCCCACGUGGCCUCAGGCCUGCACUUGGGGCACUGUGACGGGAACCCGGUACACCAUCUCGUGGCCUCGUCAGAGUGGGAAGGAGGCACGCUUGACUUGGCCCGAGCAUACAAGCAAGUACCGAUUGACCCAGCCUCGAGGCCCUUCUGUGUCGUGGGCUUCCCGACCUCGGAAGGGUGGCAGUACUACAGGUCGGACGUGCUUCCAUUCGGCUCCAACGCCUCGGUGUACGCAUUCCUGAGGAUCUCACGUGCGUUGCACCAUGUGUUGGUCAAGUUCCUCGCCGCACUUACCACGGUAUUCUACGACGACUUUCCCAUCAUAGAACCGGCCAUGGGAGCUCCGGUCCUGAAAUCUGCGGUAUCGGCCGUCCUCGACUGCUUGGGAUGGGCCCAUUCCAAAGACGGCGACAAAGCCCUGCAAUUCGCCGGCUCGUUCGUCGCCCUCGGGGUCUUGGUCGAUCUGAGGGGAAUUCGGUCCGCCAAAUUCCGCCUAUCGAACAAGCCAGGCAGAAUCGACAGGCUAGUCGAGAUGAUCCAGCAGUUCAGCGACGAGGGGCGCGUCGACUCCGGACGGCUCUCGAUUCUGCAAGGUCACUUGAACUUCGCCGCCGGGUUCUACAUGGCCAAGGGACUACGCUUCCUGUCCAAGGAAUUUGCCAAGUUGCUGGAUGGGCGUCGUUCCACAUCCGAGAUCAGAGCUCUGUGCAGGCUUGCCAUAGCUCUUCUUCGGGGGACUCCUGAGCGCGAGUUUGACUUGGCCGUCACUGGGCAGCCUGUCAUCAUUUUCACUGACGGGUCCUGGGAAGGGGGCAGGGCAGGCGCCGGCGGAGUCGUUUUCGACCCAGCCACAGAAGCCACCCAAGUCUUCGAACUGGAAGUUCCGGGUGAGCUCCUUGCGGCAUGGCAACAGCAGGUGGGCACUCAGCUCAUCUGCCAGAUCGAAGCUUACGCUGCAAUAUCUGCUAGAUACCUCCUCCGACAUGUCAUCCGAGAUCGCCUCGCGGUCAUGUGGAUCGACAACGAAGCAUCGAGGGUAGCUCUCUCCAAGGGGACCGCGGACUCCGAGUCUCUGAGAGCCAUGGCCAGGGUCAUGCAGUCCAUCGAGAUCUCUCACCCUUCGGUGCUAUGGUACGAGAGGGUUUGCUCCUUCAGCAACCCUGCGGACAUGCCGUCCAGGGGGGAUGCAGAGGCUGCAGCCCGCCUCUUCGGUGGCAGAGUCGUUGACCUCGGCUCAGAUGGACCUGUCAGGGACGCGAUCCUCCUUGCUGUAAGAGAUCCCUACGCCAACCUGGUGGUGUAG